AGGAAGUUUAUAGAGGGGGAUUGUUAUGUCAUACAAUUGGUGAUUGAGUAAUUUGCUCGUAAUGUCGAGGAGCACUAAGUGGAAGAUUGAGAAGACAAAAAUAAAAGUUGUAUUCCGGUUACAAUUCCAUGCAACACAUAUUCCACAAAGUGGAUGGGAUAAGCUCUAUAUAUCCUUCGUUCCUGCUGAUUCUGGAAAAACAACUGCAAAGACAACCAAAGCAAAUGUGAGAAAUGGAACUUGCAAAUGGGCUGAUCCAAUUUAUGAGACUACAAGGCUUCUCCAAGACAUCAAAACUAAACAAUUCGAUGAAAAACUCUAUAAGCUUGUUAUGGCAAUGGGUUCCUCAAGAACCAGCCUUCUUGGUGAGGCUACCAUCAAUCUCGCUGAUUAUGCUGAUGCAUCAAAGCCUUCAGUUGUUCCAUUGCCUCUUAUUGGCUGUGAUUCUGGAGCUAUAUUACAUGUCACUGUACAACUGUUAACCUCUAAAACUGGUUUCAGGGAGUUUGAACAGCAACGAGAAUUUAAAGAGAGGGGAUUGCAAGUUGGGCCGGACCAAAACAGUCCCGAUCAGUCUUAUUCUGGAAAAGCACCAGUUUCUGAGGAGAUCGUCAACAAUUAUGUGGAUAAGGUUCUGUUUGUCGAUGCCAGGGUUCGAUUUAAAGAAAAAGCUAAAGAAGCGCCUUUGGUUGAAGAUGAUUUGGGCUUGAAUGAAGACUAUGGAUAUUCAGCCGUUGGGUUUGAUGACUCUUCAAACACUUCAUAUAGUUUAUACACAGAGAAGCAUGGUAUGUCCAGCAUUCAUGAACUUGACAGCCUGAAGCAUUCAGCCUCUGAUGAUUUGGCAGGACUUCACCACAGCCCUCAGCAAGAGAAAGAGGAUCCCUCGGUUCAUUGAGUAUUGGUACAGGGGACUAGUGGGCCGGUUCAUGGCUGGAGCUCAAACCAUACCACAGAUAGUGACUUAGCUGAUGCUUAUGAAGAGAACAGCAGACUCAGAGGAUGCUUGGAAGCGGCAGAGUCAUCUAUUCAGGAACUUCAGACGGAACUAAGCUUGUUACAGAAUCAUGCCAGUCAAAUAGGUGAUGAAACAGAGAAGUUUGCUGAGCAACUUGUUGCUGAGAUUUCUUCUGGAGAGAGGUUGGAGAAGGAGGUUUUUGCUUUAAAAUCGGAAUGUUCGAAGUUGAAAGAUGACCUUGAGUUGUUGAAAAGAUCUCAAAUAUGCCAUUCAUUGACAGAAGAAAAACUUAUUAAAAAAGACCAGAGUCUCUUAUUCCAAAACCUAGAGGUCAUCUGGUCCAAGGGGAUUGUAGUUAUGGAGGCUCAGAUAAGGGAACUUCAAAACAAGACAAGUUUGAUUUACCACGAAAGAGAGCAUAGGUUCUUUCAUGAAGACUUGGAGGCAUUGCUUGGCAUUUUGCAAGAUCUCAAACAAAGAACUCAAAAAGAAAUAUCUAUUCUUAGUUCAGGACCAUCUGAUCGAUACAAUAUGAAGGAGGGUCUCAGAGAAACGAGUUUAACAAAUGGUGAUAUUUUUUUGCCUGAAACUAGUUUUGGUGUAGAUCUUUAUCAACCAGAGCUAGGCAUGGUUCCACAUGGUAGUGAGCCUGGUCGUAUGUCACAUGAACCUGAUUAUGUGGCUUCUUCUAAUGCAAUGAAAGGCAAAAUCUUUGAACUUCUGGGACAGUUGGAUGAAUCAAAAGCCGAGCGGGCAAGCCUUGUAAAGAAAAUGGAGCAGAUGGAGUGCUACUAUGAAGCUCUUGUUCAGGAGCUCGAGGAAAACCAAGGUCAGAUGCUUGAAGAACUGCAAAGACUCAGAAAUGAGCAUUCUACUUGUUCGUAUAGGGUGCAAUCCACUAAGGCUGAGAUGGAGACUAUGCGCCAAGAUAUGAAUGAGGAGAUCUUGAGAUUUUCAGAAGAAAAACAAGAUCUGGAGUCUCUAACUAAGGAACUGGAAAGAAGGGCUAUCAUUGCAGAAGCAGCCCUCAAAAGGGCACGUCUGAAUUAUUCAGUUGCAGUGGGCCAGAUGCAAAAGGAUCUUGAGCUACUUUCUUCCCAGGUUAUGUCUGUGUUUGAGACAAAUGAGAAUCUCAUCAGGGAAGCUUUUGUAGAUUCUUCACGAUCGGAUUCCCUAGAAAGAUUGGAGAUGGUGCAGAGACAUGGACUGGAUUCAGAAGAAUUUCAACCCGUCAAGCCCUUGCAUUGUCAAAACCAGCAUGUAAGGGUGAAGAAACAACCAUUGGGUGGAGAUAUUCUUUUAGAGGACUUGAGAAGAUCCCUCCAGUUACAGGAAGGCCUUUACCUGAAGGUUGAAGAAGAAGUAUGUGAAAUGCUUUGCCAAAAUGUCUACUUGGAUCUGUUUUCAAAGACUCUACAAGAAACUUUACUUGAAGCAACUGCUGAUAUUAAACCCAUGAAAGAGAGAACAGAUGAGCUUACUCGACAAUUGGAACUUUCAGCAGAGUACGAGGAGUUAGUGCAAAGGCUUGAGACAGCUAUGAAUGAUGUUUAUUCCCUUAAUGAGUACGAGGCUACUAGCAUUGUCAAAUAUAAUGACAUGGUUCUGCAAAAACAAACUCUAGAAGCAAAUAUAGAAAAUGUGACCCGUGAAAAUCAUCUUCUCUUUGACAAGAUAACUGACUUGGAAUGCCUCUUGAUGGAAUACAAAAGUUAUAAGAGCAAAUAUGAUGCAUGUGUCUUGGAGAAAACAAAGUUGGCUAAUUUAUUGAAGGAGCAAACCUGGGAAAAUAAUAAUCUUCGAAAUAAUAACUCUUCUUUGCAGGAGGACUUGAGAAUGAUCAAAAUUGAGUUUGAUGGAUUGGUUAAUGUGAAGAAAAAUUUCCAGAAUACUGUUGACUUUCUGCAAAUCAGGAUCCGGAACUUAUUGUUAUCCUAUGGCAAAUUUUUGGAUGAACUGUCCCUCUCAAGUGACUUGGUUGGUCGGGAUAUUGAGUCCAAGGACUUGACAUCUGUCAUGCUGCGGUUAGAAGAAGUCCAUGGUAUUGCACGUGAAAAAGUUCUUCAUCUCUUAGUGGAAAAGAAAAAUCUGAUGGGCGAGCGGGAUACGGCUCAGAUAUCUUUAAGUGCAUUAGAGUCUGAUGUGGUGCUAAUGAAGCAGAAGUUUGAUCAUGAUAUACAAUCCAUGGCUGAGAAAAUAGAUUUAUCUAAUGUAGUGGCACAAAAGCUUCAGUCUCAAAUUGAAGUUGUUGCUGAAAAGCUCAAGGUUAGCUCUGAAGUUGAAGAAAUGUAUGCACAACAGCAGAGGGAUCUUUUAUCUGAUCUUGACCAUUUUGAAGCAGAGCUGCAACAGCUUACUUCUAAGAACAAGGAGUUCGCUGAAGAAGUGUUGGUGUUAGAGUCUGUGAAUGAAGAACUUGGAAGUAGUAAGUCGACUGUGGCUGAACUUAUGGAAGAAAACGAAGUGCUGGAGCAAUGCUUACAGGAUAAAUCUGAGGAGUCAUCCAAACUUGCUUUAGAGAUUAAUGGUUUGAAAGAAAGCUUGCAUUCUUUGCAUGAUGAGCUGCAAGCUGAAAGAAGCUCCAAAGAAAAACUACAGAGUAUGGUUACGGAUCUUACUUCCCAAAUGAAUGAGAAAUACUAUCAGUUGUUGCAUUUCCAUCAGCAGAAAUCUGAAUUGGUCAGUCUUAAGAAAAUGUUAUCAGAUCUAGAAUCUGAGAAAACUAGAGUUUGCAGUCUUUUGCAACAAUGUGAAGAGUGCCUCUACAAUGCUCACGAAGAAUCUUCAACUAUUACUUUUCUGGAAUCUCAGCUGUCUGAAAUGCAUGAACUUUCUAUUGCUGCAGAUGUUAGCCUCAUUUUCUUAAGAACUCAGUAUGAAUCCUGGACCAAUGGCCUUAUUUGUCAACUUUCCAUCUACAAAAGGCUUCUUGUAGAUCUUCGAGAAAAGCACCGUGAUGUUGAGGACACUCUCAAUGGUUAUCUUGCUCGUGAAGCACAUUACAUUGAAGACAAUGGAAGACUAUCAGCAUGUCUUGACUCCCUAAAGUCUGAGUUAGAAGCUGCAAUGGAUGACAAAAGGGUACUUCUCUCUAAAAAUAGCUCUGUAUUGGCUGAACUUGAGGACUACAAAAGUAAGCUUGCAAAAACUGUGUUUGAUUACUCUGAGGAUAAAAAUCAGCUUGCUCUUGAAGUCAAACGGCUGAAGCACCUACUAGCCAGUUCCCAAGAAGAGAUUGAUAAUCUGAUGGUAUCGAAAGAAGAACUCGAACUUCAUAUCAUAGUACUCAAUGCUAAAUUGGAUGAACAGGGCACUCACAUAAGCUUACUGGAGGGGCAUAGUAGGGAAGUGCUGCUACUGCAGAAACAGUGUAAUGAGCUUUCUCAAAGGCUUUCUGAACAGAUUUUGAAGACUGAAGAGCUCAAAAACUUGUCCAUUCAUUUGAAGGAUCUCAAAGAUAAGGCUGAAGCAGAGUCCACCCAGGUCCGGGAGAAGAGGGAAUCUGAAGCGCCACCAACUGCUAUGCAAGAGUCCUUGAGAAUUGCAUUUAUCAAAGAACAGUAUGAAACAUGGUUACUAGAACUAAAGCGCCAGUUGGCCGUCUCCAAAAAGCAUAGUGAGGAAAUGCUGUGGAAAUUACAAGAUGCCAUUGAUGAAGUUGACAAUAGAAAGAAAACUGAAGCUUCUUAUUUAAAGAGAAAUGAAGAGCUGGGAGCAAAGAUCUUGGAAUUGGAGACCGAGUUACGAUCUUUGAUUUCAGACAAGCAUGAAAAAAUGAGUUCUUAUGACCUAAUGAAGGCUGAAUUGGAUUGCUCAAUGAUAAGCCUUGAAUGCUGUAAGGAAGAAAAACAGAAACUUGAAGCUUCUUUGCAAGAAUGCAAUGAAGAAAAAUCUAAAAUCUCAAUUGAACUUAGCAUUGUCAAAGAAUCACUCGAGUCCUCCACAUCAACUACGAACGUUCAGAUGAAAAGAAAUGAAAAACUAAAAGAUGGUGUUUGUGGUGACUUGAUUGUCAAUAAUGCUCCAACUAGGGACAUAGAUCAUAGAUAUCUGGACCUAGGUACCUCAGCGAACUCCAAAGAAGGGCAUCUGUUUUUACUUCCCAUUAACAAAGAUGAGUGUGAAAAUUUGCUCACUAGUUUGCAACCUGAGCAGGAUCUUGUUGUCAGUAAUGGAGUCCAAAGCGUUGCACUUGGCAACCAGAAUAGUGAUGCAAAACAUCUAGCUUCAAUCAAUGAUCGAUUUAAAGCUCACAGUUUAAGAUCAAGCAUGGACCACCUAAACAGUGAGCUGGAAAGGAUGAAAAAUGAGAAUAUGGCUCUUUCAAAAGAAGCUCAUCAUUUCAACCCCAAGUUUCCAGGUUUAGAACGAGAACUAGUGCAAUUACAGAUGGUGAAUGAAGAACUGGGAAACAUAUUCCCUUUCUUUAAUGAAUAUUCAGAAAGUGGAAAUGCAUUCGAAAGGGUACUUGCAUUGGAACUUGAGCUUGCGGAGGCAUUGCAAACUAAGAAGAGAUCGGACAUCCUUUUUCCGAGCUCCUUGAAACAGCACAGUGAUGAGGAAGCAGUGUUCAAAAGUUUCAGAGACAUCAAUGAGCUAAUCAAAGAUAUGUUGGAAGUAAAGGGAAGAUAUGGAAAUGUAGAGACUGAACUAAAAGAGAUGAAUGAGCGAUACUCUCAACUAAGCCUUCAAUUUGCAGAGAUUGAAGGAGAGAGACAAAAACUCAUGAUGACUCUCAAGAAUGUUCGAGCAUCAAGGAAGCCGAGAAACUCUAACGGCGCAUUGUCAGCCUCAGUUGCGGACACCAUUCCCGAGCCACAAGAACAAACUUGGCAGUAGAGAUAUCCCUGAAAUGACCAUUUCACAGGCACAAGUUAAUUCCUCCUCUUUUACUAAAUUAUCGCAUUCCUUGUGAAAAUUCACAUGCUAUUGAGCUAUUGCAAGCUUCAAAUUUUCCAAGGUUGGUAUAUAUU